AUGGAUGACCCCGCCACAGCCAACUGUGCCACUUUCGAGGCCUGCCUCGCUCGCCGCAUCCUCCCUGGCCUCCUCGACCCAUCUCCAUGCGCAGAGCCAGACAGUAGUAAUCCUACACUCGAUGACUUCACCUCCUACCUCGCUUCCGAGAUCUGGCCCCUGCUUCCCGCCUCCUUGCGUCACGCUUCGCAUCAGUCUCGCCAUGCCCUCCCGGACGUCGACGCACUCCCGCUCGCGCACAUGCCACUCUCAUUCGUAGACACCCUCGUCGCGUGCCGCAUUGCAGACGACGAGAACGCCGUAGAGGCCCUCCUCCGGCGCGUGCUCGUAGACUACGCUGCAGAGGCAUGUGCACCCCCACCCGUGUGGUCGCGUACGCGUGCAGAGGCGUGCGAGAUCUGCGAACGCGAUGUGCCCCUAACAUACCACCAUCUCAUCCCCCGCGCGGUUCACGCUAAGGUCCGCAAGCGCGCCUGGCACCCCGAAGUCAUGCUCAACUCGGUCGCGUGGCUGUGCCGACCAUGUCAUUCAACGGUGCACCACAUUGCGAGCAACGAAGAGCUUGCGAGGGAGCUCUACACGAUAGAUAAGCUACUCGCGAGGGAGGACGUGCAGAAAUGGCGCAAGUAUAUAUCUAAGCAGCGGUGGGGGGUGAAACGAGGGUGA